AUCUCUCGAGAGGAGGAAAUAAGUAAAUAAGCAAGCAAGUAGAUAAAUAAAAUUAUAUAAUAAUUUAGUCCAAAAUUAUCUCUACACUACGAGAAGGAGAUCCUAUCGGAUCCAUGCAAUCCAGCUCCACUGGUAGAUUAUGCAAGGAAAUGAUAUUUUGGGUAAUAUUUGGCUAAUGAUGAGGGACGGGGAAACGGACGUUUUUCUUGGCUUUUUGCUGCAGAAACUCAAGAGUGAUGGCCAAUCAAUCAUUCACCGAAGAAUGAGACGAACGAGAAAAGCCAACGAGCCUCUGGAGAAAUUACUCGUCCCGUUGCAUGCUCGGUGUUCGCCAGCUCCGCCCUCCUCCACAGAGGCGCAGUGGCGACUUUUGAGAUUACGAGCAAGUUCUUAAAUCGAGAAGGGCAGACAGAGAGAGGGACGGGCACAGGGACAGCGACAGGGACGGUACCAAGGUGGUACAUGAGGACGUCGCCGCGAAAGGAGGGACGAUGCGCAAUUCGGAAGCCAGGACCGGCUGUACAAGGGCCGAUCUUAGCAAGGAACGACGGACGGGCCCAGUCAUAUUUGCCACCGGUACCGGGUUCGGGUCCCGAGGCGGCAGCAGUAGCAGCAGCCCGACGCAGCCUGUCACACACUCCAUCCUUCACUUGAGCCACAUCCGCGAACCGGUCGUCGCACUGACCGGAGCGGCCAUAGAUCUCUCCUCUUGUGGAAAAGUCUGACGCCGCGACCGUUAAGCGAGCCUUUCCACCGGCAGGCAAGCGAAACCUACCGUCGACGACCGCGACCGAGGCCGAGGCCGAGGCCGAGAUGGCAAUGACGAGAAUCGCGACCUGCCACGUCACGCCACCCAGCGGCAGCAGCGGCGCCAGACAGGAAGACAGACGUCCAGCCAGCCCCUCCCGUAGAGGGCGGCGGCGAAGGGGGCGGGCAGGUUAAGGGACGCCGAGGCAAUCGUCGCAUCGACGCGACCUGCAAGUGUCGUCGCCGCUGUGCUCACGGCCUUUGCGCCUCGACGACUUCCACCCCUCCAUUCCCCUCCCUCCCCUCCUCUGCAUUCCACUCUCGCCGCCCCUUCGUCGAGUUCGAACCUCGCGGCGGCACCCUCGUCCUCGUCUCCACAUCCUCCUCGUCUCUUCGGCAGCUCCUUCAGAGAGAGAGAGAGAGAGAGAGAGAGAGAGAGAGCAGGGAAAAGCUGAAAAGCACGGCUGCGCAGAUUGGACAGCGCGAAAAAAGUGUCACGUCCCAUGGACUGAGCUGAGUCGAGCUGCCACUAGCAGCAGUAGUAAUAGUGGCAGCGGUCGGGCCUGUUGUGUUCUCUCUCUCUCUGUGCGGACUGGAUUUGUGGUCUAUCGGAUAGACGAGGAGUAAGUGGAGGGUGGGGGAGGGGAGGGGAGGGGAAGGGAGGGGUCAGGUCGAGUGGGUAGCUGCUCGCACAAUCAUACCUUGGGUAGUCCCACACAGAGUGCCCCGCGAAUCGAGCUCUGCGGACGCGGAGAGGGAGGAGGGGAAGGGAGUGGAGGGGACGGGACGGGACGGCAGCGUAGAACAUUGGCCCUGUUUUCAUGCGACUGCGGAUUUGCAAACCAACCUGAUCCGCGCUGCUCGGUUUGCGCGGACAGCUCGAGAGCUUGCAUUGCGCACAGUGGAAAUCGGCAGUUGCUGCGGCCUCGGCUGGGGGCCACUUUAUCCGCCGGGGAAUACGAGCUGAGGAGAGUAGAGCAGAGCAGCAGCAGAAGCAGGAUGCGUGCGGCGCUAUUAUCGCUCCUCCGGCGACGACGCAAGUAGCUGCAACCGGUCACUCAUUCGGAUGCUUGUUUACGAGCAGCAGCAGCAGCAGCGGUAGCGACAGGUCUCAUGUUCGGCUUUGAAAUUCCUCUCGCAGCUGUCGCAUGCCCAUGAGUGUUGCCAUGCCCAUGUCAGUCGGGUCGCGUCGUCUCUAGAUCAUCGGCUUCUCAGCGGAAAUCGUCGUUCACAAAAACCCGAGGCUUCGCAGCUCUCGAUGGGCGGCGCGCUCGCUCGCCUACCGAUACGCUGACGGACCGGCUUUUCUCGCGCCCGCGCUCGUGCUCGCCUUUGCAGGAUUUUGGAUUCACAUUCGCCUAGUACUCGGGACGCGAUCGCCUCCAGGCUCCCAUCGCGCGCGUGCGCAUGGACAGACGGGAAAUUGCAGAGGUCGGAGUGCACGAGAAGCAUGCCUCCCGCGGACAGGGCCUGUGGAAAUUUGUGGCGAUCCAGCAUUCGUGAACGAGGGGAGGCAUUGGGGAAAUGAUCUCGCUUUAGCUCCGCCGGAAGGAAGGAAGGAAGCAGCCGCAGCGCAAUCUCAUGCCCGAAUCUGCGAACCUCCGAUGGAAUUCUCGAGCGCCCGCGCCGAUGAGCUGAAGCGGGAGCGCAGCGCAGCGUGAGCAGGCAGUGGGCGCGAGGAGCGCCGGGACGGAAUCGACAGGUUCGGAGCCGACGCCGCGGGCGGUCCGAAGAAACAUGAACCGCGGGACCGAACGCGUCUGGUAAGGGGGAAGUGGACGAGAUCGCUCGAGAGGACAGGGCGCGGACAUGGAGCGCGCGGCGUUGUGGAUCCUGGCGGUCGUCGCGCUGGCCAGCUGCGUUCCGCGUGCGCUGGCGCAGGAUUUCAACCGAGAUGUCACGAACCUGCUGACGGCGAAGCCGACGCUGAGCAACGGCGAUAACCCGUUCCUGCAAACGUGGAACGCGACCAGCUCCAUCUGCUCGUGGCGCGGCACGGUCUGGGCGUAUACGAACGGGACGCUCCUGGACUGCGACAGCCCGGAGGUGCGAGCGAACCAGAGCCUAGCGCGCGACGCGGACGUGGUCGUGACGGAAUUAAAUUUGGGCGCCACCGGAUUGACGGGGAGCAUCCCCAAGGAAUUCGGGCUGCUGGGGGCGCUGUCCGUGCUCUGGCUGAGGGAGAACGUGCUGACUGGCGCCAUCCCGCUGGAGAUCGGCAAUGCCGCCUCCUUGUCCGUGCUGGCGCUCGACCGCAACCGGCUGAGCAGCAACAUCCCGCCUUCUCUGUGGAAUCUGUGUCCGAGGCUGACGCUGCUGGCGCUGGACUCCAACGCGCUCGACGGCGAGAUCCCCAACCCGGCCAAUCCCGGCACGCAGUGCCCGGUCCUGACGGACCUGCGCCUGCAGAACAACCAAUUGAGCGGGCCGAUUCCGGCCUUCCUCGGCGACUUCGCGGCGCUGACCACGGUGGACCUGAGCAACAACUCCUUCUCCGGCGCCAUUCCGACCGAGCUCGGCCAGCUCGCGAACCUGCGCUCCUUCAGCGUGGCCUACAACAACCUGAGCGGCAGCGUGCCGAGCUUCGGCACCGCCUUCGACGCCGGUGCGUUCGCGGGCAACCCGGCGCUCUGCGGCGCGCCACUGGCGGCCGCCUGCAACGGCUCGACGGCGGGCGGGGGCGGGGGCGCGGGCGCAACGGCUCGCGCGUCCGGAGGGCUGAGCCCGAAGGUGGUGGCGGGCAUAAUCAUCGGCGUGCUGGCGUUCUUCGUGGUGGCGGGCUCGCUGCUCAUCUUCCUGACGCAGGCGCGCGCGCGCAUGCCCAACGAGAAGCAGCAGGUCGGGGUCGACUUCAAGCGCGAGUUCGAGGAGGAGGAGGCGGGGGGCGAGGCUGGCAAGAUCGUGCACUUCGAGGGCGGCGAGGCGCUGACGGCCGAGGACGUGCUGAACGCCACGGGCGAGGUGCUCGGCAAGACGAGCUAUGGCACCGUGUACAAGGCCAAGCUCUCGCACGGGCACACCAUCGCGCUGCGCCUGCUGCGCGAGGGCACCGCCCGCGACCGCGCGGAAUUCGUCCCGGCCAUCCAGGAGCUCGGCCUCAUCCGCCACCGCAACCUCGUGCCGCUGCGCGCCUACUACUCCGGCCCCAAGGAGGAGAAGCUCCUCGUCUACGACUACAUGCCCCGCGGCAGCCUGGCCGACCUCCUGCACAACGGGUCGUCCGGCAAACCUGGAGCGAGCUGGGCUCGGAGGCACAAAAUUGUGCUGGGUGCCGCAAGAGGGCUGGCGCACCUUCACACAGGGCUGAGCACUCCAGUCAUCCACGGAAACCUCAAGUCCAAGAACAUCCUCGUCGAUGAUAACUACGUGGCGCAUCUGUCCGACUACGGCCUCGAGAAGCUGAUGAUCCCAGCCGCCACCAACGACGUCAUAACCGCCGCCAGUACGCAAGGCUACAAGGCACCCGAGCUCAUCAAGCUCAAGCGAGCCAACACCAAGACGGACAUCUACAGCUUCGGGAUCGUCCUGCUCGAGGUGCUGACGGGAAAAAGACCUGGAAAAUCUCCGGAGUCUGACGAGGUGGUGGAUCUGCCCACCAUGGUCAAGGCUGCUGUGUUGGAGGAGAAAACAACGGACCUCUUCGACUUCGAUCUGGUGAGAGGAACCGUGCGCACCCCUUCUGAAGAUGGACUUUUACAGGCUUUGCAAUUAGCUAUGGGCUGCUGUGCACCAACGCCCGUCGUGCGGCCGGACAUCGCCGAAGUCAUUCGACAGCUCGAGGAAAUUAGACCGAAGGUUCUGUCGUCUGUGCAAUCGCCCCUGUAUACCCCGGACAGCACUAGCACGAGAAGUAGAGAGGCAUUUGACUAUUAGUAGCACUUUUGAGUACAUAGAUCUUUUACCCUUGAGUCCUGCAUUCUCUCGGGAGAGUUACAAAAGCUUGAACGAGCAUUGGCACUUAGUCACUGAUCGUAUAUUUGUAGAUUUUCCUGUAUUUACCUCCACAACACGGGCACCCAGUCAGAUGAUGAGUACCUAUUCUGCAUCGAUGAUUGUCAGCCGUUCCGGGCUCUGGACGGACUGACGAAGCCCCCUUCUUCCACCCUCAGCUUCAGCUUCAGAGCUAGAUGUACACCAAGAACCUCAAUUUUUUAGAUACAGAACUAGACUUGCGAGGUAAGACAAGACCGAGACGGGCCUCUCCGGUUGGCAUCGAGCGAGCAUUACUAGAGCUUGAAGUCAUAUGCGCGCAGGCGUUGAUAGAUUACGAUGCAGCUUACACGACUGUCUGCUCGAUUGAAGCCCGAACGGGAUUCAUCCUCCCACUGGGCAGUCAUCUACGGUUCUCUGAUGUAGUCACGAGUUUAUUGAGGCCGGCCUUGUACGUAGCCAAGCAAUCACUCACUUCAUGAAUUGCAAAUGAGCACUAGAUUCUUAACCAUGCAAGUCAUGUCGCAAUAUAAGCGCCUCUCUACUGUCAAAGUUUGCUUCGAAAGAACACGUGAGAUUUAGACCACCUUCGACGUUUCCAUGACUUGAUUGCCUAUAUAUAUGAUAAAACUCUGUCGCCCCUGGUCAGUAUCUUCUCGUUCUUCGUAAAUGUCCAAAUUUAUGACCCUAUGGGUAAAGCUUCUUUUAUCUUGAUGGCCGAACUCUAGUCUCAGUCCCUCUUCCUGUUGGUAGGUUGCCAUCCAUGUACUUCACGUUCAUUCAAUUCAUGCUACCCGUUUAUCACCAAGAUGUCUGAAGAUAAGAUAUGAACCCCCGAGCGAAAUUUAUGCCGUUUUCUGCUGAGUGUCAAGC